UCUCCUCCACUCCUCACUCCUCAUCCCCACUCCCGAUCAAGCCCACCAAGCAAGCAAGUCUCCCUCGAUCCGAGCACGCGGCAACUCCCGACCGUCCCCGGCUGCGAUGGCGUCCGGCAAGGUGCACACGCACAAGGCGUUCCUCCUCUGCAACUACGCGCUGCUGGGCGCGGCCUCCAGCUGCAUCUUCCUCACCCUCUCCCUCCGCCUCCUGCCGUCCCCGUGCGGCCUGCUCCUCGUCUUCCUCCACGCGCUCACCGCCGUCUUCUCCGCCGCGGGCUGCUCCGGCUCCUUCACGGCCGGCCCGGCCAACCCGGCGCCCUGGCACACCGCGCACACGGCGGGCGCCGCGCUCACCGCUAUCUUCCAGGGCGCCGUCGCGCUGCUCGCAUUCACCCGCACCGCCGACUUCCUCGCCGAGCUCCAGUCCUACGUCCGCGACGACGACGGCGCCGUCAUCCUCAAGAUGGUCGGCGGGCUCGGCACCGCCAUCUUCGUCCUCGAGUGGGCCGCCCUCGCGCUCGCCUUCUCCCUGCGCCUCGACGACGCCGAGGACGACGAUGGCGACGACGACCUCCGCCGCGCCAAGAACUGGGCCGACGCCUACCAUGUCUGAGCGGCGAGCCUCCGCGCUUCCUGCAUCUUCGCCCGGUGUGGGGAGCGGCGCCUCCAUCCAAGAUGUUGUCGAUUUGGUGUUAUUGCUGUUGCUAUUCUUUUGUGCUACUAGUACUGUGAUAUCACAUUCUUUUGUACUAUGAUAUGAUGUCAAGGCAAAUGUAUAUUGCUUUUGACCCCAUUUAAUCGAAGAAAUAUAUUUA